CAAAACUUCUAUUUAUGAUGUUACACGUAGACCAUAUACAAGAAAUUGUGCAAAAAUUUUUAACAUUCGAUGCUCAGAUUAUGCCAGAAACAAGAUUUGCAAUUAAUUUACGAAAAAACCUACGCGUUGUCAAGAAACGAGCUCUUGUUAUUUGGAUAUGUCUUAUUGCAAAUUGUGUAAUAUACAUGUUGAUUCCUUUAUUGAGCCCUGGCCGUCAUUUGCCUGAAGAUUUAUACAUUCUCUAUGGUUUGGAACCUAUGCUGGAGUCGCCUAACUAUGAAAUACAAUACGUUGUGUUCAUCAUUAGCUCAGGAUUUUGUAUAUACGUCAUGGUAAAUGUAGCCGUGUAUGUUAUAGUAAUCGUCGGUUACAUUGAAGCUCAUCUUCAUACGUUAAGUGAAGAGUUAAAAAUCCUUUGGGAUGACAGUCAAAACUUCUAUAAUGAAGUCAAACACAAAAUACAUAAUAAAAUACACGCAAUACAUCAGAAAGAAAAUAUUGAAAAUGAUUACAUACGAAAACGUCUCAAUUCCAUCGUACAUUAUCACGCUACGAACAUUCAGCUUCUCCGAGAAUUUAAUAACGAAAUUAGUCAAACUUUAAUCGUUGAAUACAGCAUAAUGGUUUUCGCUAUAAUAACAAUUCUGCUCGGAGGAUUAGAAAAUACAUAUCGACAGCUGCCGUUUGUCGUUGUACAAAUAUUUAUAAACUGCCUUUCUGGACAACGACUGAUAGAUGCGUGUGACGAGUUUGAAAAUGCCGUAUACAGUUGUGAGUGGGAAAAUUUUAAUGCGUCUAACCAAAAAAUCGUGCUAUUGAUGCUCUUAAUUUCGCAAAAGACUUUGAUGCUGUCAGCUGGCGGUGUGGCGGAUUUAAAUUUUAUUUGCUUGAUGACAAUAUUGAAAUCGUCAUAUUCAACUUACACGACUUUAGAAUCUACUGUUAAGAAUAAUACUUAA